AUGGAGGGCAACUUAAGUCUGCGAGGGGAUUCAUCGUCGGACGAAGAGCCUACGGUCAAUGCUGCUGCAGCUGCAGCUGCGGAAGGUUCGGAACAGGAGAUCGUAGAGGCCGCCAAUCAUUACGGCUUCAGCCUGGACUGGGAUGGAGAUCAAAAGUCCGACGAGGAGAGCAGUUCAGAAGAGGAUUAA